AUGGAGCAAUCCCCCCUUACGCAACAGCCUCGGCCGGAGGCGUUCCAGGCCAAGAUUGUGCAGCUUUAUCAGGAGCUAUUCAAGGACCACGACCACGACGAAGACCUCGACUCGCACUACCACUCCCCCACCCAAACCGAAGGUUUCUGGACCGAGUUCUUCAUCCUCAAACCCGCCCGCUCUUCCCUGCGCCAAAUCCUCGACCCCAUUUCCGCCUCCGACCUGCUUCAUCUCUACUCCGCGCAAACCCAGCAGCUCUUCUCCCGCGCCGUGAGCGCGCUCAAGCCCACCAGGCCUUCCUCGUCCGCCUCUGCCUCUAGUCAGACUCAGAGUCAGAACAAGCAAGCGAACGCGCUUGACACGCUAUCGGUGUUCCUUGUCAGCAUACUAGGGAAGAAGUACACGAAUCCAAGCUCGGACAUUAUCGAGGUGCUUGCGGGACUGGAUAGUGUCGACCACGUCUUUGGGGAGUUUGUAGGGGCUUUGGAUGGAAUUGUGCGCGGUGGCAGCGGAAAUGCAGGCGCGACGAGUAUAGAGGUCCGGCGCAAGGCGGUGGAGGUGGCGAUGGCGGUUACGGCGGGGGCGUGGGGGACAGGGUUGGGGAGUUAUUUCAUCCAGAGAGAUAUGUUUCCUGCUUUGAUGAAGCUUAUACAAGACUCCGAGACGACACAAGAUAUUGUUCGGCCGUUCACGCUGGUCGGACUUCUUGCUAAUUACAACAAGUUCGAGUUUCAAAACCCGUACCAGAUGCGGCUGAACGACUUUGUCAAUGAGCAAACGAUACAGAAAAUUAUCAGAGCCGUGGGUGAGGCGUGUCUAACGCUACGAGGGCAGUAUGUUGCGGUACAAGAGGAUCUACCGGAGGGAUGGUCGAUAGCGGGCACGCUGAGCAUGAUUGGGUUGGUGAGGUUGAAUAAACACAAGAAGCCCGUGUAUGAUGCGGAGACCCAAAAGAGGAUGUUUUCGGCGCUGCCCGGCAAAGAAGCAGCCGUCCUCCUAGCAACCUACGACUUUACUCACGCAAAUAAGCUCUUCUGCCACAACCUUGUCACCCUCCCACCACUUGCCAAAGGCGACGAACCACCCUUCUCGAGCUUCCUCUCUAUAACCUCGUACAUGCUCCAACACGCCCACUUAUCACAACGCACCACCCUUUACAGUCACCUCAACCUCAUGAUCAUCCGCCUCCUAAUCGAAGACCCCGUCCUGUGCAAACGUCUCUGCAGCUCCGAGCCCGAGCACAAGCACCCCGUCCGUCUCUGCCGGCAACGCUCCCCUUACCUCCCCCACGUGGCCGGCGACCGCGUCCUCGCCACCGCCGUCCUUGACACCAUGAUUGACGCCGUCAACCACAACCUCCGCCGCCGGCUCGACGUCGGUCUGUACACCCUCUGCGUCGGCAUCCUCCUCCGACUUAUCAGCUACAUGUCCCGCUCCCGCUCCCGCCUCGAGUACCACUGGCACGAACUCUUCCGCUCUCUUUUGUCCUUGAUCCGCUUCCUGACCACUUACGCCUCGGACCUCAAGACUUUGCUAGGUGGACAACAAGGCCAGCUCGACACGCUUUUGGAUCUGGUAGUCAACACCCUCGCCCUCGGUCUCUCGUCAGGCGAAUCGUUCCUGCCGACAUCGGCAGCCUACGACGAUCUGUUUUACAAGAUUGUCGAGAUGGGCGAUGUGCUGGUCAAGUUCAGGGAUGUGUACGGGCUGAAGAAGAGACAGAGUAAUGGUAUCGAUACGUUGGUGAAUGUGUCGGCGCACUACAAGGACAUGUUGGCUUCAGGGGCUAGUAGUAAGGAAAAGUUGACGAGCGUGCAGGUUGCCGAGGUGAUUAAGCAGGGGUAUGAGACGUUGAGCAUUCAGGCUAAGGAGGGGCUGGAUAGCUGGGAGAGAUUUAGGGAGGCGGAUGAGAGGGGGUUGUUGAAGAAGAUGGCGAGGGAGGCGGUGGGGGAUGUGAGGGCGUUGGUGGGUGGGGAGUGAAUGAUGUGGAUGUGGUAGUAGUAGGGAAAUGGUUUGGUUUUUACACUAAUGAGACUGAGAUGGAAAAAGGCGUUUGUUUUGUUUUGUUCUGUUAGCGAUGUAUGGGAUAGAUUGUGUUUGAGGAUGAUGUACACUACUUAAUGGCUUGAAGCCCAAAUAUCCAAUCGGCCAAUAUCAGAUGGACUGGACUGAAC